UGCAGAUGGCUCGUAAACUAGAGCAUGUUGAGAACAUUGUGUAUUCGUGUAUUGACACAAUUCAAUGUUAUUUAUAGUGUCAAAUCACAACAGUAGUCAUCUCAGGACACUUUACAGAUAGAGAGGGUCUAGGCCACUCUCUAUAAUUUACAAAGACACAACAAUCCCCCCCAAGACCAAACAUUUGGUGCGACAAUGGCGAGGGAAAACUUCCUUUUUACAGGCAGAAACCUCAGACAGACCCAGGCUGCCACUGCCGAUUAGGACACCGAGACAGAAUGCAGAUAUGUUAUUCAUAGUAAUUAUAGCAGUUGGCAUGAUGCAUCGUAGUAACAGUAAAGAUAAUAGAAUUAUGACUAGAUUUAAUAGUUGUAGCAGCGCAGGGCGUUGAGCAGGACCACGGCAGCAGCUGCCAGAUCGACCCAGGUGCCACCCGGUCCACCAACAUCUGUGAGGCGAGAAUGUCUGGUGAUAUGAUGGCAACUGUGGAUAUUUUGGCAGGUCUCGUUCGUGUGUGUCAGAGUUUGAAAACCCUUCAGCCAGUGGAUGAACUAAAGAAGGGUCCGUUCAUGCUGCAGGUUCGAGUCCUGGAGUACCGGCAAAUUGAUGCAGGGGUGGAGGUCGACAUCUGUCUGUCUGCCACGUCUCGUACCAGAAGCCCCGUGUGGGAGAGCGUCCUGACGCUGCUGUCCAAAAACAAGCUCCAAAAAGUUGGAAGACGCUUAUCCAAGAAUGAACAUGAGCAGCAAUCUGGUGAUUUCUGCUUAGGCCAACCAGAUGAGCCUGUGCCAGAAAAUGUGAAGCAGAUAGAGCUCCAAGUUCCCAGGACUACCGGCCUGCAGUGUGCAUGGUCCUUCUCAGACUACUCCCUUUAUCGGCUCCUCUCUCUACCGGCCCGGCUCUUUGGCUACAGGGGGCACACCGCACCCAGUCUCUGGAUGCUGUCUGUCUGCUUGGCUGAAAUAGAAAAGCACAAAGGAGUUGGAGUCAUCACAGCGCCCAUCAACGUCACUGCCCAGUUUGGGGAGCCUCUGUUGGUACCAGGAAGAGUGGCGAUCAAGUUUUGGGAAAAGACCAAAAAUCUGAGUCAGUCUCCGAUCCAAGGCCUCAGCUUUCACGUGCAGCAACAUGGAAGCAACAUAUCUCACAUGAUGGGAUUGAUUUCUAGGUGAUUGAUUAACAUAGAAGGUACAUUUAUGUGGUUUUGUCAAAACGCCAAUAUUUUCUGUUUCCGGUUUUGUAUUGCAACAUUUUGAUAAGACAGUGUCUAUCAUUGCAACAUACGGGCAAUCAGCUAAUCGACGUUCAAGUUUGUUCUGAUAUGAUCAUAAAAUAACUUCUUGCAAUUUUGAAAUAAAUAUUUUCUAAGAGGA